UCUCAUUCUCAACCCUCCUCCCUUGUUCAAGGAGAUCAUUAUAUUCCAAGAGAGAGAGAGAGAGAGAGAGAUGGAAGAGACAAAGUCCAGAUUCAAUAGGAUUUGUGUUUUUUGUGGGAGUAGUUCAGGGAAGAAAGCCAGUUACCAAGAAGCUGCUGUGGAACUUGGAAAGGAACUGGUGGAGAGAAGGAUUGAUUUGGUCUAUGGAGGUGGGAGCGUGGGAUUGAUGGGUCUCGUCUCUCAGGCAGUUCAUGAUGGUGGGCGCCAUGUUCUAGGAGUUAUUCCAAGGAGUCUAAUGCCUAGGGAGAUAACUGGUGUAACAGUUGGAGAAGUGAGAGCUGUAUCUGAUAUGCACCAAAGGAAAGCUGAGAUGGCUCGUCAAGCUGAUGCAUUCAUUGCGCUCCCUGGUGGAUACGGCACAAUGGAAGAGUUGCUGGAAGUCAUUACGUGGGCUCAACUUGGAAUUCACCACAAACCCGUGGGGCUUUUAAAUGUAGAUGGGUUUUAUAAUUCCUUGUUGUCUUUCAUAGACAAGGCCGUUGAUGAAGGCUUUAUCUCGCCAACCGCACGUCGCAUUAUCGUGUCCGCACCAACUGCCAAACAAUUGGUCAUGGCACUUGAGGAAUAUGUUCCAGAGCAUGAUGAGAUAACAUCGAAGCUGGUUUGGGAAGGAGUGGAUAGACUAAAUUAUGUGCCUGAAUCAGGGGUUGCUACGUGAUAUCUGUUUGAAUCAGAAUCGUACCAGGCUUUUUGAGUUACGCAAACCUAGUAUAUACGGUUAUACGGUUUACAAAACCGUACAAGCACACGUCUUUUGGGGGUGUCUUUUUUUUUUUUUUUUUUUUUUUUGGCAUAUAUACAAGUCUGAAGGGAAAACGAAAAUACUGUAACUCUUUUGUGGGACUCAAAGAAUCAAAUUAAUUAAGGCCUUUUUUGCUUCUUAUCUCA